AUGGAAGACGAUUUUGCUGUUGUGAUUGUUCAUCUUGAUCAAACACCAAAAAGCUCGCUUCUUCUCUCUCGAUAUCGAGAAAGAUUUUUGGAUGUGAAAUACAUGUCAAUUCUUGCAAAAGCUAUUCGAAACUCACAAUCAGAACGCAAUAUUUAUAUGUCAAUGGAUAAGAAAUGGAAAUUUGAUUUAUUCAUGAUGAGAAAAUUCUUGGAAUGUAAACCAUCAAAUUUGGAGAAACCAAACGAUUUUCAAUACGAAAAGAAACAAAUUAUUGAAAAUUGUGAUUAUUUGAAACAAGUUGGUUGGUUGCGCAGUGUUGAUAAAGAAACAAUGCUUGAAUGUUCUAAGAAAAUGGAAAUUCAUGAUGUACUUUCGUGUUGUCGUCAAGAUUUUUUAAGAGAUAGAGAGUUUCUAAUAGCUAUUCUAAAGAAUGCGAAACUCUCUUCGAAUAGAUAUCAGUGUUUCUAUUCAUUAUUUAAAGAUUCUAAUUGGUGUAUGGACAGAGAAAUUCUUGAGUUACUGGCUAGUAAAUAUGGAUAUGUGCCACAUGUCAAUAAUUUGGAAAAGGAUUUUGAAUUAGGUGUGAUGGCUGCAAAAAGUGGACAACGAAUCCAUUCAAAUUUUUCAUAUUUACCAGAUAAUUGGAAAGAAACAAGAGAAUCAAUAUUAAUGGCUUUUGAAAUUGAUCCAGAAUGUCUUGAGCUAAUUUCAAAAUCUUUUAGAAAAGAUAAAGAACUCAUGAUGCAAAUAAUUCAAAGUGAAAAAGGAAUUCCACAAAAAAUUGCAAAACAUUUGGAUGAAUCAUUGCUAAAAGUGAGAGAAUUUGCAAUUUAUGCCUUGACCCAUGAUUCAUCGAUUGAAUAUCUUGUGAAAAUUCUGAAAUUGGAUAAGGAAAUGUUGAAAAUUAUUGCAAAGAGGGAUGCAUAUCAUUUUCCAACGAAUCAUUCUUAUAGAAAUGAUAGAGAAUUAAUGAUUGAAAUGCUCAAAUGUGGAGUUUCAUAUGAAAAGUUUGACGAAUCUCUUCAAGAUAUGCAAAUUGUAAAAGAAUCAUUGAUUUAUAUGAGAUUUCCAGUUUCCUUUUCAUUUAUCAAAUUGGAAUUGAGAAAAGAUAGAGAAUUAACCAAGAUGGCUCUAGAAAUUAAUCCACACAUAUUCAGAUACAUUUAUUUUGAAUUCAAAUCUGAUUUAGAAAUAGCUCUAUUGGCCAUCAGAAAACUGCCAAACAAUCUUCAAUUUAUGACUACAGCUUUCAAAAAGAAUCCUGAAAUUAUAUUACCAGUACUUGAGCUAGAUCCUCUCACUCUACAAUAUGUCGAUCCUUCCAUUGAAAAUUAUCACGAACUUGUAAUGAAUUGUGCGAAAAGAGAUCCCGCAACAUUUCGAUUUGUCAAGGAACAAGAUCCAUUCCUUCCUCAAAUUCUUUCAAUUGUACCCCAGUGUUUUCACUGUAUUCAUGCAGAUGUUCAUGGAAGAGAGAGAUUUAAAUAUUUGGAAUUUACUUUACAGUAUGAUGUUUCAAACAUUAUGACGAUUAUAUUGGGGAAGAUCAACUCGAAUUCAUUUUCAAAAGAGGAGAUUUGA